GUGGAUGGGGAAGGGCGAGGAGGGGAGGAGGAGGAGGAGUGGAGGGGGGGAUCCGCAGGGCAGGGCGGGGAAGGAGGACACAAAAGAGCAGGGAAGUGGGGGAGAGAGAAAUAAUAAUAACAAAGUUUGCAAACAGGACAGCCCGUCUCCCUCCCGUAAUGAGAUUCAUCAGGGCUUAUCUGGCCCCUCUGAGCGCUUAAUCAGUCAUGUCGCCUCGGCGCUGUUGUCCCUCGCCCCGGCGGAAUGGGAUCAGGCGGCCCAGGUCAAGACGGGCCGGGAGACGCCAGUCCCGCGGGGCCAGGGGCUUCGGCCCCGCUCUCCGCGGGAGGGCCGCUCCCCGCUCCUUUCGCAUCCCGGGCUGCGGAUUUGAACAUGAAGCACGCCGGGGCAAAGUACCCCUUUCUGCGCUCAGCUGCAGAUAAAUCAAGUACCUCGACUCUGUGCGAAUCGGCUUUCACAGCUAAUGAAAGAACCCGUUUCGAGACAAGGCCAGAAGGAAAGGCCCCCACCCUGGCUCCCACCGUCCCGUCGAGGGGAGCAGGGCGGGGGCUGGGAGCCGCCGCCGCCCGCGGCCCGGGGGGAGCCCAGAGCCCUUCCCGCCGCGCCUCCCGGGCCGGAGCCGUGGCGAUCGCUGUCCGUUCCUGUGCGGGUGCUGGGGAAGGCUUUCAGGGCUCUCUUCUGCUGGAUUUGGCAGGAAAACCCGGGGGCAAGUUUCUUGCUGCGAAAGGUCGUUGUGGGAGAGAGCCGGGGACGGCGGGACGCCGGGCACGGCGGAGCCUCACUCCUCCCCAGCGCUUUAGAGCCGGGCAGCUCCUCAUCCUCCCCCCGUUCCCUAUCACGGAUGUUAGGCAAUAUCAAAUCCGAUCUGCAAUUAGCUAUCCUGCCUCCGCCCCCAUGCCCGCAGCACAGAGAGUUAAUUCUUUCUCACUUAAACCCACCCCUCCCAAAAGAACUCCAACAAAAACUAAACUGAACAAAACACCAACAAAACCCAGCCUAGCAAAAACCAUCACCCGCUAUUCCCUGGAUCGGUUGUCGCCACUGCCGCGCACCGUGGAGGAAAUAUCGCUUUAUGCAUGCAUCGAAACCUGCUGGGAACCCCCCCACGUAGCUGUCUCCUUACUGCUCUGUCCAGGAAAUAAAAUAAAAUAAACCACGAGAACAGCUCACAAUCUUCCAGUGAAAUAUUUUCUACAGAUCCAGAUGAAUACAUUCUCGAGGAAUCUUUUUACGGGAUUAGCUCCGUUUCGUGCGUGUCCACGCCGAGCUCCGGCGGGGCCGCUCGGUUUCUCUUGGCACUGUGGCAGCUUCUCGCCUUCCCUUUAGACACCGCUUUCCUCGCCAUUUACCUGCCUGAACGAAAUAUCUGAGAACACGUGAGAAUAAUAAUCAUAAUGAACCCCCAAACAACGACAUUCGUAAUCUUAUCUAAGCAAACCGACUCACUCCAUCCCAGCUAAGAAUGUUUUAACUUGCUGCUUUCCUGUGAAAUGUCAAAGUUUGGGGACUUUGUUCCUGCUUGGAAUUGAAGUAGAUUUUUAAACGUUAAAAUAGUAUCUUCCAGAGCGAGUCUGACCAGUUCUAUGCAUGCAAGAGCUACUAGAUUGGAAAAUCAAAUCAAAACAACCACAUCACAGAAAGAGAGAUUUCAGAGUUAGCAGCUCGGGGUAAUUAGAUAGCCUAUUAAUAGCCCUGCUCCUAGCUGCUAUCAAAAGCAAGCGGAUGGCUCCUGCCUCGGGAAGGUAUGAGCAGGCAUGCCACGGGAGGUAGGAUGGAGACCGAGGAGAUGGGGAGAGGUUUCUAACGAGACGUGUGGGGGCCCAUGGCCAGCCCACACGCGUGUACCCCCGUGGCGCUGCCUGCCAUCCCCGUAGACAGGGGCUUCUCCCUCCUUUUGCUAGAUGGAGGUGUCGGAGGGGGUCGCGGAGGCAGGUCCCGGCCGGGCGGGACCCAUCCCCAUCGGCCCCAAGAUAAGGGACGGGGCUGAUUCACCUCCGGGGAGGCGACGCCUUCCUGCCCUUUUGCUUUUCUUACCCUCGGUGUUAAUGGCUUCGCGGACACAGCCCUCUAUUUGCAGCUAGAGGUAUAAAUAUAUACAUUCGUCGGGGGAAUACCGCAAUUUCCAUUUCGUUCGUGUAAUCACUGCCGGUGUUUAUCCAUUUCGCCUGAGCCUCCACGACCAAAGAGGGCGUAGAAAUAAUCCGCACUUUUCGAUUGCUUUAGGAAAAGGUUGGGUUUAUGCAUCAGUUAUUGCUGCUCACGUUGGAUUUAUAAUUCAAUAGCAAACGAUGCCA